AUGGGCGCUGCCAUGAAUGUGUGGCUGGAGGUUUGUAAGGUGGUGGUCUUCGCAUCUGGUGGGCAGAUCCCCGACUCUGCAGCUCAGACCUACUAUGGCCGUUUACUUGCAGCCAACGCCGUCUGCGAGCUCAUGACCAGCCAGCUUGUUGGGGUGUUGAGCGACAAGUUCGGCCGAAAGCCCAUACAAGUGCUGGCGCAGCUUGGACAGGUGAUUGAUUACAGCAUUGCUGGCCUUUGCUUGCCCAGCUUGGGCGUCGUGAGGCAAAUUCCCGCCGAUGUGGCCGAGAACUUGCUGUUUUGCUCCCGAGGGAUUGCUGGCUUCCUUGGGAACUACAAAGUCACUUUGCAGAGUUACACAGCUGAUAUCUCGAGCGCCGACGAGUGCCCUGACAACUUCGCGGCCCUUGGAGGCGCCAUGGUGGCCGGAAUGUGUGCAGGCAGCAUGCUCGUAGCAAUCGUGAAAACGAUGGAGUUGUCUUAUCGGGCCUGCUUCUUCGCAUCUACAGCCAUGAAUUUGUCCAUAGUCCUGAUAGUCCUGAUAGGCUGGAAGGACAUAGCUCCGCGGAAAAGUUUCAGCUUCAGCGAAGCAAAUCCAGUGGCGGGCUUGCAGGUCCUCACUAUUUCCCGCGCCAUGGUUAUCUACUCCGUGCUGGUGUUCCUCAGCUCUUUCGCAUUGAACAUGUUCGUUAGCACCUUGGAUUUCUAUUGUGGAAAGUUUCUGAAGAUGGACAAGCGCUUCUUCAUCGGGCUAGGCCUUUUUUGGGCCUUGCAGUCUCUCUUUAUCCUGGCUGUGGUCCAGCCAAUUCUCACACGCAGAAUUGGUGAAGUCUUGACCUUGACAUUGAGCUUUGCAUCGCUGAGCGUCUUUUAUACGUUAUUCUGCCUGCUGACGCCGAGCACUUGGGCCUUAUCCUAUGUUGUCAUCAUCUUUUUCAGCUUCGGCUCGAUGUGUUACCCACUUGCUGUGGGGCUGGCAGCUCGGGAGGUGCCUCCAGAACAGCAGGGGACACUUCAGGGAGCAAUUUCUAUUCUUGAAACCACUGCGAAGAUUUUCGCUCCCUUGCUGGCGUCAGAUGUCUUGAUUCCAAGAUUUGAGAAGGAAGGCGACUUCCAUGGCAUGGUGUAUUUCGUGGCAGCGCUUCUGAUGGUCCCCGGCGUGCACUUGAGCCACCAGCUGAAGAAAUACACGUGUCACCUCGACACCAGCCAGGCCAACUCUAGUGCGCAAAUCGCCGUAGAGAUGCAGUGA